GGCUGCUUAGGUGAACUAUUACGCAACUAUGGCAACGGAGUCGUACACGACUAUUCACUCAGGCUACAAACUCACCCCCUAUACCUUCGAGAAACGCUCCCGGACCGCUGCUGAAUACCACGCCCAACGCCACGGGGAUGUGUGGUUCAAUACACGACCUUGGAAAACGGAGCGCAUUAUUAACGAGGCUAAAGCGCUGGAACUGCUCGCUAAGCGAACAAGAAUCCCAAUUCCCCAGUUUAUCCGGUGUGGCCAGAACGAUGAUGGGUCCAUGUUCCUGACAAUGAGUCGAGUCGACGGCAUCGAUCUGAGCGAAGUCGGCAAGGAAUGCCAGAAGCCGGGUGGUGUGAAGUAUAACGACGGCGGCGAAUGCAACAAAUGCAUGAAUAUUGCGAAGGCUAAUGCCAGCCACUUCAUCCAGACUAUUCUUCUCCCCGAGCUCGCAAAGUUACGUUCCAACAAAACAGGGCUCGACGGGUUUGUGCUGCCGCCGGCGUGGAUGCCGGAAUACGACACACGAUUGCACCAUUCGUGUUUUGUCAUCCCAUGUACUCUACAGUACUGUACUAUAUAGUGAAGUACUUUAUUCAUUAUCUUCUGUCGUUGUUAACAAAAUGUUCCUUUUAGAAGUUUUCUAACGUGCAUCCCUGCGUCGAGAGACGCACCCUGUAACAAG